AUGACCGAGAGAAUGUCUCAUCAGAAAAAGACGCCUUCUGGUCCGAAACUUCAAGACUAUUUCGAGGAGGAUAUUUUAAAACGAGCCAGAGAUUCGUGCUCAGUGCAGUGGUCUUCCACCGGUGAAUUGACGACGAUUCUAGAGCCCUUGUUCGCAAUAUUUCUUAAGAAUAAGGACCCAAAGCAUCUGAGAAAAGAGUUACUGAGGAUGAUGGCCAAUCUCCAUGAAUUGGAUUGUCUAGAAUUUUGCAUCUUGUCCGCACUUGACGCUAUCUGUGGCUUUAUCAUAUCACCUGCGGUGAAGGAGGGUCUUCACGCCUUCUCAGAGGCAGACUAUGUUUCUGUGUGGGAGAACCUGAUCUCUAUAUGGCUCAAUCAACAGUUUAUAUGA